AUGUUUAAGCCGGGAGACAUAAUGAUUGGUGGUAUUUUCCCAGUAUUCAACAAAGAAAUAAUAGGCAUUUCUAUGUUCACGAGCGAGCCACCCGGAGUGAAGUGUGCUGGAUUUGACCUGCGAGCUUUUCGAUGGACUCAAGUGAUGAUAUUUGCGAUUGAAGAAAUAAACAAAGAUCCUGCUCUCCUUCCAAACAUAUCUCUUGGCUAUAGGAUCCUUAACUCUUGUGCAUCUCCCACAAAUACUCUACGUGCUGCACUCACACUAGCUAGUGGAGCAGAGGACAAAGAACUGAAUUCAUCAUGUCCUCCAGCAAUAUCUGCCCUCAUAGCAGAGUCAGGAUCAUCUCAGUCUUUAGCUGUAGCUGGUGCUCUUGGGCCAUUUCAACUACCAAUAGUGAGUUACUUCUCCACAUGUGCCUGCCUGAGUGACAGAGAUAAAUAUCCAACUUUUUUUCGGACAAUCCCCAGCGACUUCUUCCAGGCAAAGGCUUUGGCAGCCCUCGUGAAACAUUUUGGUUGGCAGUGGAUUGGGGCCAUACAGUCCGACAAUGACUACGGGCGAAAUGGAAUCCUGGCUUUUACUGAAGAGAUUAAAAAGCUUGGGGUUUGUAUUGCAUUUGUUGGGACAAUUCUACGUACAUACAGUAUGGAUAAAAUUCUGGAGGUUGUGGAAAUAAUCAAGCAAUCAACUGUCAAAGUCAUUCUUGCCUUUGUUCCAGAGGGUGACUUUUACCCUUUGAUGAAAGAGGUUGUAAAACAGAACAUUACAGGAAUACAGUGGAUUGCCAGCGAGGCCUGGAUAACAGCAAGUCGACCCUCCACACCUGAAAUCUACCAAGCGUUUGGUGGAGCCCUAGGAUUUGUUGUGAAAAAGAUGGCUAUUCCAAACCUACAACAAUUCCUUACAGGCAUUAACCCUUAUGCUAAUCCAAGUGAGGCCUUUGUAAAGGAUUUCUGGGAGACGAUUGUCGGCUGUCGACCUGUUUUACCUGGGGAAGACACAGGAACUGAUUCAACAAAUGAAAUUUGCACAGGCUAUGAAACAUCAUCAAAUUCAAAUGAUUUGUUCUUCAAUGUCACACAGCUAAGAGUGUCCUAUAAUGUGUAUAAAGCAGUUUAUGCCAUUGCACAUGCUUUGCAUCAGUUGGUAUUCUGCCAAUCUGCCAGAGCAAAAUCUAUGAGGCAAUGUUUGAAUCCAUCAGAAAUUCAGCCCAAAGAGGUCACUGAUCACCUUCAAAGGGUGAAUUUUAUCAAUCAGUUUGGGGAUAAUGUGUUUUUUGAUGUCAAUGGUGAUCCUCCUGCUUCUUAUGACCUUAUUAACUGGCAGCUGAAAAAUGGGCAGGUGCAACAUGUCACAGUUGGUCAUUUUUCCUCAGCUGCUAACAAUGAUAAUGAGCUCAGCAUCCAGGAGGAGAACAUUGCGUGGAGGACAGGGAAAAUGGUUCCGACGUCUGUGUGCUCUAAUGUUUGUCCAGCCGGAACAAGAAAAGCUCAACUCAAAGGAAAACCCCGCUGCUGUUUUGAUUGUAUUCCAUGUGCUGAAGGAACUAUAGCCAACUCAACAGGUACAGCCGACUGCACACCCUGUUCUCAGGAAUACUGGUCCAAUGAGAGGAAAGAUGAGUGUAUUCCUAAAAUAAUUGAGUUCCUUACAUACCAAGAGCCGAUGGGAAUCACUCUCACUGUUGUUUCCCUGCUUGGGGCCUCCCUGUCACUGGCUACAAUGAUACUCUUUAUCCACUGCAGAUACACACCUGUGAUAAAGGCCAGCAACUCUGAGCUGAGCUGUUUCCUGUUGUUCUCUCUCUUUUUGUGUUUUCUCUGUCCCCUCACUUUCAUCGGCAGACCUACAGUCUGGACAUGCAUGCUGCGCCACACAGCUUUUGGUGUGACAUUUGCACUUUGUAUGUCCUGUGUCAUGGGAAAAACUAUUGUUGUUGUAACAGCUUUUAAAGCCACAUUUCCUGGCAACAAAUUAGCAGGAAAGUUUGAUCCUGUACAGCAGAAGAUCAUCGUUUUUUCCUGCACACUGAUUCAGAUUGUAAUAUGUGUGUUGUGGCUUAAGUUAAAACCACCUUUCCCAGACAUGGUUUUCAGAUACAGCAAUACAAAGAUAGUUUUAGAAUGUAACACAGGCUCUGCAGCAGCUUUCUAUGGAGUGAUUGGGUACAUAGGGAUCCUUGCAAUCAUUUGUUUGGUCCUGGCAUUUCUAGCAAGAAAGUUGCCGGAUAACUUUAAUGAAGCUAAAUGUAUCACCUUCAGCAUGCUGAUAUUCUGUGCUGUCUGGAUCACCUUUAUCCCGGCAUAUGUCAGCUCUCCGGGGAAGUUCACCGUAGCUGUGGAGAUAUUCGCAAUUUUAUCCUCAGCAUUUGGCUUGUUAAUUAGCAUUUUUGCUCCUAAAUGUUACAUACUUUUGAUCAAGCCAGAAAAAAAUACCAAGAAACAUGUCAUGGGAAAAUUGUGA